GUUGAAUGUGAUAAACGAACGUUUCUAAGCGAGUCAGCUGAAAAAAGCUUGCAUUUAGUCUAAUAUAUCGGAACAUUUUAAUCUUGAUAAGACAUUUACUUCGUUGAAAUUGUGACCAAAAUGCCCGUGGACCAGAUUCAAUACUCCGAAAGAUAUAAUGAUGACGUAUAUGAAUAUAGACAUGUCAUCUUACCACCGGACAUCGCUCGGCUUGUGCCCAAGUCCCAUCUAAUGACGGAGACAGAAUGGCGGAACCUCGGAGUGCAGCAGUCCCCCGGCUGGCUCCAUUUCAUGGUCCACAACCCGGAGCCCCAUGUCCUGCUGUUCCGGAGACCACGGACGGACAUUCAGCCGCCGGUCAACGGGUUAGAUAGUAAUACAAGCUCGACUGUCAAAGUAUAGAUGUAGAAGGUGGGUGUUUUGUUUAGAAUUUAAAAUUGGUUUGAGAUAUUAAUGUAGAUUAGAGGAGACAUGAGGGAAUCAACCAAUAGCAUUGGUAGUCUUCUCCUCUCUGCUGGAUUACAACCAAAGUUGUUUGUCGCUUCCUGCAUGACUCAGAGGAAUUUCAGCCUAAAUCCAAAUACACAUCAUGUUGUACUCAACGAUGGCCACACUGUUAGCUUACCAUUGGUGGGCCUUAUGCUGUUUGUAAGAAGGUCCACCAAUGUUACAGUUAAGAGUGUUGCUCAGUGCCGGAUUUAGAUAUUUGCCGCCCGUAGGCUAUGCCGAUUUUGCGGCCCCUAUCCCCCUCACUUAUAGGUUUUGAAAAUUUUUUCGAGAAAAUAGUAGGUACAUUUUUAGGGUUCCGUACUUCAAAAGGAAAAAACCGUAACCCAUAUCUUAGGAUCACUUGGUUGUCCUAUAUGGGUUCCGUCCAUUAGUAACGUAGCUCCUCCGUCCGGCCGUCUGUCUGUCUUAAUAUAAAAGGUCUUGACAUGACAGAGGGCGGCAAAAUCGACAAAUAAUGCUUAUUAUUUAAAUUUUACAAAUAAAUAGUGGAGCGGCAAAAUUCCAAUAUUUUUUUGACCCAAAUUUGCUGCCCUCUAAAUUCUGCCGCCCUAGGCUUCAGCCUACUCAGCCUAGUGGUAAAUCCGGCACUGGUGUUGCUGUUUGUACAUAUGGUCAAAUUGAUGUUAAACUUAAAGUCUAAACAAAGCAUUAUGCUAAUUAAUUUUAUCAUCCUUGGAAUUAGCAAUAUCAUUUUAAAUCAACUAGGUAAUCAUUGAGGUCGAAUGUGUUUAGAGUUUUAUCAAUCGAUAAUAACUUUGGCUAUGUGCAAAAAUACUGAGAAUAUGUAUAAUCUGAGCCAGGGUUCUCCAAAUUACGGCCCGCAGGCGGAAACGUGCAUACAAGUCUGCACUUAACCCUAUGAACGCCAAGCCUAUCGUGGGUGGCGCGUCAUCGCCGGAACGCACGGAGGUUGAUAUUGGGCUGUAGUCACACGUGCAGUAGCCGUCUUUGGCAGUCAGUCAUCAGAUUAAGGCUUGGCCAACCCCAAGGCCAUCUUAAAGAAAGUGGAGGCCUUCCUGUGGUCCUUUGUCAGAAAAUUUGGAAAUCUAGAUUUUCCUUCCUUGUGUACAAAAUAUUGCACAUAUUUAAAUUUUUAUAUUUUAAUUGAACCUCAGGAUAUACAGUCAUAACUUGGGAAUCUCUUGUUGAUUUAUGAAUGAUAUUCUAAUGCCAAGGAUUAUUUGUUAUGAUUAAUUUCCUAAUACUUAUAGUAUGAAAUAUUUAAACAUGUUAAACGACUGAAUAUUGUAGCUACGUGAAGUUUAUGUGAUAGUUGAUAGAUAAUUCGUGUUUUUAUCUAAAAUAUUAUUGAUUCAGUCUUAUGGAUGGUUGUAUAUUUAGAUUUUAAAAAUAUAAUACUAAUUUUAUUUUUAAUGUCCCUGACUAGUAUAUGAGGGACUUGUAUAGCCAAUGGGAUUUAAAUGAAAUUAGUAUUUUACUUUAAAUAUCCUAAUAUCUUUUAUUUAUGUAGCAUUUAUAGACAAACAUUGAAUUCUAUUGAUAAUAUUGAUAUUCUAAUGUAUAUGUAUUUAUUACUAAUAGUUUGGAUUAUACUUAGGCUUUCUAUAUAUUAUGCAUGGUUGGCUAUGUGCGUGAUUGUGCGCCCGCCUGACGCCUAUGGACCAUAUUAGUACCUAAUUUUACAGUGGAUGUAUCAGUAUAUUCUGAAAAGUUCAGAAUGUCGGGUAAGUAAUUACAAAAAUGGACUCUAUGAGAUAGAAUUAUGGGUGAUUUACGGAAUUAGCCCACAUUUUGAAGUAGUCGGAAUAACCCGAAUACACCUUAUUUCAAAUAGUAUAGAAAGUUCCCUAUUUUGCCACUAGGUGCGCUGUUGUAGCUUUUACUACCCCAAUUGCACAAUAAACUUAAUUCGUCUUACAUCCAACGUGAACGCUCAAAUAGCAACCUAAUUGCAUUCACAUAAGAUUUGUUUUAGCAUAAUUGUGUUUACGUUUUAGUUUGCAUAGAAAACUUGCGUUUAAAUGCAUUUCUUUCUUCCAUUUUUAUAUUCUAAUAUUUGUGGAAUGCGUGCCUUAUGAAUUGUUUUUGAUUCUUGUGAUGUGACAGAAAUAACUAAUUUAAGUUAUCCAUGUUGUUCCUUAAUGCCUUAAUAGAUGUACUACUAUGUACCUAUUUUAUUGUUAAUAAUUACGAUUAAAUUACUUUAAAACUUA